CGAGUUUACGGCAACAGGCUAACCUAUGACAUUUAAAGCGAUAGUCCGCAGAAGUGCUUUCUAGUUAAUUUCUCCCAUCUGUCUCUCACGUAUUCACGACCUGUAACGACUUCACAAGUUUUUUUUUAACUUAAUGAACAACACUUUUCCAUACUCUGAAGCUCGAGCUUCGUUAUCUGAGCGAGCAAUCACCCUGCAGGACGCGCUGUCACCUGAUAUCCGACCCGAGACAUUCCCAUCUCAUGUCGCAAGAUCUAGCAGUGAUUCACAGCUUACUAGCUCAGACAAGCUAUCCGCGCUCCCCGACUCUUCUUUGACGCGUCCCCGUAUCGUAAGGGUGGAGCGUCAGAGCAUCCAAGCUUCACAAUCAGUUCCUUCCCUGGGAAAUUUUAUGGGCCAUCCUGAUACUUCCACUCCUGACCAUGACAUGCCCAAGGCAACCAUUACCAUUCCAGAGGGUUCCAUCGGCAAGGGCAGUCCAUUUCAACGCGUCUCUUUCGAGAGUGGCCCUUCUCGCAUACCAUCCCCUCCCAGUAAUAAUUCUCGUUCAGGGAAUAACGUACACCAUCCCUUACUUCGCGACGGCGGCGCUCUGCCCUCAAGGUCACCGCUGAUCGAGUCAGCACUAUCUCGGUUUCGCCGCCCAAGCGACCCCCCUCGACCAUCCUCAGCCAUGCGCGCGGGUGCUCAAACACCCAGGAAGGGUAGUUACGAAUCUCCUUCCGCGUCACAAUCUCGAGCUGCAUCUCCCAUGCGCAUGUUCGCAUCAUGGACCGGCUUUCAUCGUAAGGAAACCCGCGAAGAACCAUUCGUCCCUCAGAACCCCUUCCAAAGGCGAAACCCGUUACGCAGAUUUUCUAUCGGUAGCCCUGAAAUCCACAAUGAUCAAAGCUUUGAUCCCAACUGCGAGGAUUCGCUUAAGCAAUGUCUACCCCGUCCAAUAACAUGUUCCCCAUUAAAGUCUUCGCGAAGAUUUCUCCGCUCCUCUCGUUAUUUUUUAAUGGAUACUCUCCCUCGGCAAAUCUACCUACAUUUACUGUUUCGCCUUCCCUCUCUUUAUUUUUCACGCAUCGCUCGUAUUUAUGAGGAUGCAGAGCUCAGUCGCCCGGACAUUCAACGAUUGGUUGAUGCCUGUGCGCCCCAACUGCAGAACCACAACUCCAGCCACGUACCGCCAGGAGCCCACUACCACCCCCAGCCUACUCUCCCUUUAGCAGAUGAAUGGACCAUCGCCAACGUCUCCCCAGCUCUCAUCCGAUUCAAGCAUUCCUGGGAGGCGUUUAUCGACUCCCUGCUCCGAGAGUGGAAGACCCUAAACCUUGUCUCCGCUUUAUUGCUUUCUGCCAUAUUAUCCAUGUUUCAGAAUGUCGUGAUGGCUCAGGAUCCUGUGAUUCGCACAGCAGCGCUACUUUCGCUGACGUCCGCAUUGAUGAGCCUAACUUUCGGCUGUAUCUACAUCGUCCGCUUUGGCACCAUGAGAAGUAUGUAUAAAGCUACCCGAUGGGCUGAGGAAGCACGUAAAACGACAACAUUCAUUUGGUGGAAUGUGUGGGUCCUAUUAGCGAUGCCUGCAGUAUGGCUUGCCUGGUCUAUGUUCUUUUUCAUCGUUGCCAUUCUCUCCUUCGUGUGGCGCUCUGAUUCUUCAGCAGACAACCCCAGCCCCGCACCGCUCUCCCCAUACGCCAUACUGGGCCCACGCAUCGCCAUCACGUCCCUAUUCAUAGUCGGGUUAAUCGACUUCAUGUUGAUCAUCAAGACACUGCAUAACUACGCACGCACCCGGGAUGUAGAUGGUGAAAUGCAGUUACUGGGCACUGAUGAUUCGUCACGCGCACGGCCUUCUGCUGACCGUGAACGGGAGGACCGAGGGAGACGGGCAGGACAUCUGUCAAGAGGCAGAGCGCGCUUCACGGGAGAAGGGCGUGGGCGUCUUGAUAGGGAUCGUCCGGAUGGUGGCGCGCUGUCAGCCGUCACAGGUCUCGGCCUUACCAACCUUGAUGACGCUCUGCAUUCUAGUCCCCGUAGCUCCAACGAGUUAUCGCGGGAGAAGGACAAGACUAUGGUGAUUGUGGCUACCAAUGAUUGAAUGGCAUUGUGUGCUUAAUAUGGACUCUCACAACGAUACAUCUGCUGAUCCUUCCGCGUGCAGUUGGGCGGUACAGACAUUGUAUGACUAUUGACUUACUUGACCACUCUUUUGUGUACUUUACGUGUAAGUAGUCUUGUAAAGGAAGAUCAUUCAAAGCAUUAUUGGAUUGUUUAGUCAGGCACGUUGGAGAC